AUGCGCGCCCUCUUCCGCCCCUUCGCGCUGCACGCAGCCUACACCCCCAUCGAGACCAUCGUCUUCUUCGUCAUCAUCGGCACGCUCGCCUACUUCCACAUCCUCUCCGCGAUCAAGCACUCCGCCUUCCUCGACCCCGCCCACGCAGUGUACGCUGCCCCGACCCUGCGCCCCUCGCAUGCGCUGUACCGCCUCGGCGAGUGGGUCGGGGUGGGCGAGGGGAAGUGGGCGAGCGCUGUGAAGGGAAAAGGCAAGGGAAAGGCGCUGGCGGUGGAGGUGCAGCAGGUCGUGGUUAGGCUGGAGGGGGGUAAGGGGAAGAAUGAGAUCCCACCCGAGCUCCUCCAAACGCUCUCCUUCACUUCAGGCCCGCUCGCCGACGCAGCGCUCAACCUCACCGAGCACCUCACGUCCUCCUUCCCCACCGCGCGCGGGCGGACCUACGCCUCUUCCCUCUGCCACCGGCCGUCCUUGCCCCCUUCCUCCUCCGCUUCCGCCUCUCCCGACCCCCAGCCUUCUUCCACCCCACCCAAAGAUGUCCAAAACCAAGUCCAAGACGCAGAAGAAUGCUUCACAACCCACACAACAACCCCCCGCGCCCUCGUCCACACACUCUCCUUCCGCGCGGGCGGCGCGCGGGACGAAUGGGUCGGCGCGCUCCUCGGCGAGCACCGCGCGGAUUCGGCUGGCGCAGCGGUGUUGUCUGGCCCGGCGGUGUUCGUGGACACGGACAGCGGGAUCCGGUUCGAGGUGGAUAAAGCGAAAAGUGGCGCUGGAUUGGGUGUAGGUGGGGAAGGGGCCCAAGUGUCGAUUGGGCAGAUGAGGAAUGGGAGGUGGGUCGCGUAUGCGAUGAAGGCGCUUGUGUUGAGGUUUUGGGACUUGGCCAAGAAAGCCGACUCGCUCGACAUCCUGCUCAUCCUCGCCGGCUACAUCCUCAUGCACACCACCUUCUACCUCCUGCUCACCCGUUCCCGGGCGCUCGGCUCCUCCUUCUUCCUCCCCCUCGCCAUCCUCUCCUCCUCCUUCCUCGCCCUCCUGCUCUCUCUCCCGCUCGCCAUGGGCCUCAAGAUCCCCAUCGACCCCGUCGCGCUCACCGAGGCCCUACCUUUUCUUGUUUGUACGGUGGGCUUUGACAAGCCGCUGAGGCUCGCACGCGCGGUGUUCAUGCACCCACAUUUGGGCGUGCCGCCGGGGCUGGUGAAGGUGCGCACGGUGGUUGAGAAGUCGGGGUAUCCGGUUGUGCUGUCCGGUUCCGCCUUGGUUUCCUCCCCAACCUCUCUAGCGCCACCCCCAACGCCAGCAUCGACAUCCCAGCUCAAACCCGCACCAAAGAUAAUCACCGAGUCCCUCUCGCACGUCUACGCGCCCAUCAUCCGGGACUACGUCCUCGAGAUCGCGGUCCUCACCGUCGGCGCGUACAGCCGCGUGGGCGGGCUGAGGGAGGUAUGCGCGCUCGCGGCGCUGAUAUUGGCGGUGGACUGUCUGUUGCUGUGCACAUAUUUGGCGGCGAUUUUGGGUGUUAUGGUUGAGGUCCGACGCAUCAAAACCGGCCGCGCCAUGACCCGCUCGCGCUCCAACUCCAUCUCAUCCACCACAUCCUCCGCAACCGGCACCCUCACCCCCACCAGCGCCAUGGCCCGCCCGCCCGGGCCCCCAGCACCGAAGACCUUGCGCCAGAGAAUCAAGAGCGUGUUGCUGGGAGAGAAGGGCACGGCGCUGCCCGGGUAUGGGGUGUAUGGGUAUGGGGUGAAUGGAUACGGGAAGGCGGGGGCUGGGGGGAGGAAGAGGACGGGGGGUAUGAGUAUGAAGGGUAAGGAGGGCAAGGAAGGAGCGAAGAAGGCAGUGGUGGAGAACCCGGUGGCGAGGUUGAAGUUGCUUUUGAUCGCCUCGUUCUUGACGCUGCAUAUUUUGAACUUUAUCACACCGCUGACACCCUCCAAACACACGCAUUCGUCUGCUACGGCGCUGAACAACAUCCGCCGUGUGGACAUCACCGCCCCGGGCCUGCGCCCCGUUCUCAAAUCCCUCGUCGAGGCCUCCGCCGCCGACCUCGCCCCGCCCGCCUCCGCAACCGACGACGCCUACGCCGACGAAGACUCCCAACCCCAAGACAAAGACAUGCUCGUCAAAGUCUCUCCGCCCAUCUACAUCCGCGUCGUCCUGCCCGCCUCCAUGCUCCGCGCACACAAGCCCGCCAUCACCGCCAGCUACCUCCCGCACACCCGGAGCACGUCUGAGAUGGUCGACGCGUUCAUGUCCGCGUGGACGCGCCUCGUCGGCGACCCGAUCAUCAGCAAGUGGAUCGUCGUGGCGCUCGCGCUGAGUGUUGCCCUCAAUGGGUACCUUUUGAAGGGCAUCGCGGCGGGUGUGGUGGGUACACGUGCGGGCGGGGUGUGGGCGGGCGCGUUUGGGGUGAAGGGAGGUGUGAGGUUUGAGGUUGUGGGUGGGGAGGAGAGUGAGGAUGAGGUGCUGCAUGAGAAGGAGAGGGUGGGAGCGAGGGAAGGAGAAGGCAGGGCGUUGAGUACGAGGACGAACAGCUCGGACACGAUCAGGAAGGCACCUGAGCAGCAGGAGAGGGCGAAGACGUCCCCGAUCUCGCUGAAGCGGGAGAUCCCAAAGCCCGUGGAGGUGCCCGUCACCGUCGCCCCCGUCGUCGCCCGGCCCCAGUCGCCCGCCAUCCCCCCGUCGAACAUCGGCACCUUCACGCUCGAGGACGUCGAUCGCAAGCUCGCGGCUGCUGCCAGACCCGCCUCGCGCCGUCUCACCGUCACUCGUCUCGCUGCUCUCUGGCAAGCCCCUCGUGCCUCCAUCGGGCAGCCAACGCCGCCGUUCUCCUUGUCUGGGUCUGGGUCGUCUUCUGGGUCGUCUGGGUCAGAGGAGGAGAGCGAGUCGCCGGUAGACGUGGACGUGGAGAAUGUGCGGACCCUCGAGGAGUGCAUUGAUAUCUUUGAGAAUGGGCCGAGGCCGCUGAGCGCUUCGUUGGCGCUGUUGAAUGAUGAAGAGGUGAUUUUGCUCGCGCAGAAUGGGAAGAUCGCGGCGUAUGCGCUGGAGAAGGUCCUUGGGAUGGAUGAGCUGGAGAGGGCGGUUAGGGUUCGGAGAGCGUUGAUUUCCCGUGCUUCUAGGACGCAGACACUCGAAUCCUCAGACAUCCCGCUGACGAACUACGACUACUCGCGCGUCCUUGGUGCCUGCUGCGAGAACGUCGUCGGCUACAUCCCCAUCCCUCUCGGUAUCGCCGGUCCCCUCAACGUCGACGGUCAACUCUACCCUGUCCCUAUGGCCACUGCUGAAGGCACCCUCGUCGCGUCGACCUCUCGCGGGUGCAAGGCCCUCAACGCUGGUGGAGGCGUCACCACCGUCGUCACCAACGACGGCAUGACGCGUGGUCCCGCCAUCGACUUCCCCACCAUCACGAUGGCGGCCCACGCGAAGAUGUGGAUCGACUCGGAGGACGGGUACAUGACGAUCAAGGAGGCCUUUGAGAGCACGUCGCGCUUCGCCAAGCUCAAGAGUCUGAAGACCGCCAUGGCCGGCCGCACGCUCUUCGUCCGGUUCGCGACGGCCACGGGCGACGCGAUGGGCAUGAACAUGAUCUCGAAGGGCACGGAGAAGGCGCUCGAGGUCCUGCAGAAGCACUACCCGGAGAUGGUCGUCCUCGCGCUCUCGGGCAACUACUGCACGGACAAGAAGCCCGCCGCGAUCAACUGGAUCGAGGGGCGCGGGAAGAGCGUCGUCGCCGAGGCUGUCGUGCCAGGCAAGGUCGUCCAGAGCGUGCUCAAGACCACCGUCGCGGCGCUCUGCAACCUCAACACGAAGAAGAACUUGAUCGGAAGUGCGAUGGCGGGCUCGAUUGGGGGCUUCAACGCGCACGCGGCGAACAUCCUCACGGCGGUCUUCCUAGCGACCGGCCAGGACCCCGCGCAGAACGUGGAGAGUUCGAUGUGCAUGACGCUCAUGGAGCCGAUCAACGACGGCGCGGACUUGCUCAUGACGGUCAGCAUGCCGUGCAUUGAGGUCGGGACCGUUGGUGGGGGCACGGUGUUGGCGCCCCAGCAGGGCGUCCUGGAGCUGCUCGGCAUGCGCGGGGCGCACCCGACACACCCCGGGCAGAACGCGCAGGCGCUCGCGAAGCUCAUCGCUGCGGCUGUCAUGGCUGGCGAGCUGAGCCUGCUCAGUGCGCUGGCUGCUGGCCACCUCAUCCGGGCACACAUGGCGCACAACAGGAGUCAGACGAACACGCCUGCACCGAGUAUCCCGCCGACGCCUGCAUUGAGCGAAGGCCCGCGGCUCGCUGCGCAGCUGCCGCCCGCCCCUGCGAAGCCGGAGGGAGUUCCAGCAGAGGAGGGGCAGAGGAGGCCGCCGGUGCUGCCACUAGGCCCGUUGACGCCCUCGUCGUCGACCGCGUCGCUGCCGCCCUAUUCACAAUAA